AUCGCCAUGAGCAUUGAGCUCCCGGCCGUUGAGUCUGGCCCUUCUGACAUGGCUGCACCCGGUCCCGGCCUUUGCCCCGAGCUGGUUCCGUAUGAUCCGAAUACGGUCUGUCCCGACUCGAAGCAGUUUUUCUCGGUGGUUGAGACAUCAGCGGAAACGAAUCCCGCCGGCCAGCCCUAUGAUCUCGUGCGCAUGACGGCCUUCGGUCACCGCGCCCUGGCGGCCAUGUUGACCAACGACACCCAGCGGGCGGUCUACAUGUUCCCGGUCUUCCAGUUCUGGCUCGCGCAGGACAGUAUCUCCGUGGAUCAGGUCCGUCCUCUAGCCCUACCCUACCCAACACUGUUAAUGUGAUGUCCUGGCCUUUUUCGCCCCCCUCUAGCUCCG